ACCAGAGACUGUAAAAAAUAGAAACACCCGUAGUGUACGCAGACGUAACCGGAUAGCGGAAACACGUGGGUAAAUAGGAAGUGCCUUGCAUUGCGCGGGUCCUACAGUUCUUUGAUUCUACUACUGUGAAAGGAAAUGGCGGGGAUGAAUGCAAUGGAGAAGAAAUUGGCAGAAUACAAAUGUGACACCAAUGAAGCAAUAUGUCUAAAGCUAGUGCGUUUCCCUGAAGAUAUAGAAGAUGAAAGUACUACAUUCCAUCCGGAGUACAGUCACCAGCUUUUCGGUGAUGAUGAAGUGGCGUUUGGAUACAAAGGUCUGCAGAUUCAGCUGUACUACAGUGCUGGAAACCUCAGCACCCUCUUCAAAGUCAAAUAUACAGCCAAAGUCACUGAAAAGUUUGACUGUGUGCAGGCUGAUGACGUGGAAAGUAAGAUUCGGGAGGUCAUUCCUGGGGGGUUCAGCUGCAACACAGAUGACUUUGUCUCAUUGUUGGAGAAGGAGGCCAACUUCAAGCCCUUUGGCACCCUGCUCCAUGCAUACAAAGUCCACAGUGUAGAGGAAGGAGAAGAUGUCACCUAUCAGAUCUACAAAGCCGACAUGUCCAGCCCGGGAUUUCGGGAGUAUCAUGAACGCCUCCAGACCUUCCUGAUGUGGUUCAUUGAGACGGCCAGCUUCAUAGACGUAGACGACGAGCGGUGGGACUUCUUCCUCAUAUUUGAGAAGUACAAUAAGGAUGGAGAGACGCUCUUUGCGACCGUUGGCUACAUGACAGUUUACAAUUACUACGUGUACCCAGACAAAACCCGGCCACGUGUAAGCCAAAUGCUGAUCCUGCCCCCAUUCCAGGGAGAGGGUCAUGGGGCUCAGCUGCUGGAGGCGGUCCAUAGGUUCUACUGUACCUCCCCUCUGGUCCAGGAUAUCACAGCGGAGGAUCCCUCUGAAAACUAUGUGAAGCUGAGAGACUUUGUUCUGGUCAAGCUGUGCCAAGAGCUACCAUCGUUCUCUACAAAGCAGCUGUCAGAGGGCUUCAGUGAUGAAAUGGUUACAGAGGCCCGCGAGAAGUUGAAGAUAAAUAAGAAACAUGCCAGAAGAGUGUAUGAAAUCCUGCGCUUACGGGUAACGGACAUGAGUGAUGAGGUGAAGGCAAGAGCAUAUCGGCUGGAAAUCAAACGGAGGCUGUUUGGUCCUUACAAGAUCCUGGAAUAGAGCAAGAUUUUGUCCUUUUCUGGGGGCAGAGCUGGAGCCUAGAAGAUUAAUCUCCUGUACACACCAGUGGCUUCCUUUAAUUAGCCAUUCAAGAAAUUCAUGGCCAUUCAAAAUGUCUAAGGUUAAGGGUGAAGGCAGAGAAGCGUAAUGUGUUUGUUUAAUAGAAAUGCAGUGGAUUAAAUGUGCUACUUUGAUGCAUGUAGCUCAGCUGGAUGGCUAUAGAGUGAUGAGAAGUAGUGGCUGGCAGCUUUGUAGCACUGCAUAUGGUCCACUGUCUUUCAAAACUAGAGGACAUUCUAAUGAUGAGGUGAUUCAUAUUGAUUAAAAAAUAAUGGGGCAUUGGAUUUGGUAAAUGAACUUGCUUAUCAGUGAGGAGUUUGAUAUGUGGGCCUAAAGAAUAACAUGGGGUGAGUAGUUAUCCUGAAUUUGGGGGAGAGGGGGAGGUUGGGAAUGUGUGCUUUUUGGCUCCAUAGGCUCACUGGAUAUUGGAACUACCUGAUAACUAUUAAAAUGGUAAUACUUGAUCCUUAAGUUUGGUCCACAUGCAAAGUCAGUUUAGUGUUUUUAAUAAUAUAAUGCUAUGAUUUAUCCAAAUGCAGGUUAAGGGGAUGUUAGCUUUCUAAUGUCCAAUAAAGUAUUAUAAAACUAA